AUGGCCUCCAAUUCCGAUCUUGGGAUUGUUGUGGUCGUCGGCGGCUGUGGCUACCUGGGCUCUAAUCUGGUCAAAGCACUACAGGCAGAAUCGACAUGCACAGCUGUCCACGUUAUCAGUCGCAAGCCGGACCAGAAUUUGUAUCCAAACGUCACCUACCAUGCAGGAGAUAUCAGUGAUGCUCAGCAGGUGGCGGAUCUUUUUACAAAAAUCAAUCCGCGAGUCGUGUUUCACGUUGCAUCGCCAAAAGACAUCGCUCCAGAGCCUCUGCUGUACAAGACGAAUGUAGACGGCACCCGUAACCUCUUGAAGGUUGCUCGCGAAACAGAAAACGCGCGGGCCUUCAUCUACACUGGUUCGGAUUCUGCGCUUGAACAGAUGCCCGGCGUCAAACAGACAGAGGAAACUGCGAAGCUCUAUACCGAAAGCAGCAAAGGCGCUAACCCAUACGCCAAAACGAAAGCCAUUGCCGAUGCCGAGGUGCAGGCUGCUAAUACACCGCCCUCCCUGACCACUGCUGUCAUACGCAUCCCUGGACUUUAUGGGGAGAACGAUGACAACUGCGUGGGGACAAUACUGAGCACAAUCAAAAGAGACGAGCAUAAGGUGCAACUUGGGGAUAACAAGCCAGUCUUUGAAUUUGUCUACGUACAAAAGGCCUGCGAAGCACACAUUCUGGCAGCCAAACGAAUACUCGAGGGUCGUCUCAACGGCGGCCAAGCUUUCUUUAUUUCCGACGGCGUCAGUCUCCCCUACUUUGAUUUCGUGCGUAAAUUGCACGCCGGCGCCGGUCAUCCGGUGCCGCCAGAUCAAAUCAAAAUCAUACCGCUUUGGCUCGUCGUCGGUAUUGCGCAGCUUGGUGAGUGGCUGUACUGGGCUUUCACCUUCAAUACAAAAUUCCCCGAGAUGCGCAGUCAGCGACUUGCACACCUUGCAGGUGGUUGCCAAUGGGAUAUCAGCAAGGCAAAGGAACAGCUAGGCUACGAGCCGGUGAAAGACCAAGACGAAGUUCUCACGAAGGUUGCCCAAGCAGAAAGCCUACGCCUAGGCAUCAAGAAGUAG